AUGUUUAGGUGUUUCAUAAUAAUAUUGAUAUUGAACAAAGUACAUACAUACAUGAAACCACCAGAUCAAAAUCUAGAAGAAAUAUCAGCAAAUCAAUGUUUAUAUAAACUUGCAACAAUGUAUUAUCAUAACAAUAGAUCAAUUACCAUAGCAUAUCAUCCAAACUUUGGAACAGUUGAUAGCGUUCGAAGUUUCAUACCACUGCUUCAAUCCCAAUCAAAUUGGAUGCUGAAGAUUAGAUCAUCUAAUAAGUACUAUCAAAAGCUGUAUGUACAUCUAAUACAAAGAACAAGUACUUUCCAAUUCAUACACUUUCUAGACUCAGAGCGAAUACCAUCUUCUCUAAUAUCUCCAUCUAACCACUGGCUAUUAGAUAUCAAGGCUUGGCAACCUCACCAAGCUACAUUUUUGAUUGUAAGUUUUGAAAUUGUGCCCAAUUCGACUAGGAUAAGGGAGAUAUUUAAGGAACUCAGGAAAAGAAAUAUGUUUCGCGUGCUACUACUUAUCAGAACUGUCGAGGGAGCAACGUUUAACAUGUAUAUCUUUAAAGCUGUUACACAAAAUUGCCAAAUAACUUCUGGAAGAUUGAUGAAAAUUGACAGCUGCGCAUUUGGAAAACUGAACAAAGGUACUGUUCUAUCCUUGAAAAACACCGAUUUUAAAAAUUGUACAAUUCGUGCAGGAUAUUUUGAAGCCCCGCCAUAUGUUAAGCUGAAAAGGGCAUCUCAAAUAGGCAAUUCAAAUGAGAGCACUUUAUCAAAACCAAUAUUAGAAGGUUUGGAAGUUCAAUUACUAAAUGUAGUUACUGCACAUCUAGGGUAUAAGGUAAUUUACACCGAGUCAAAGAUCAUGGGGGACGUAUGGAAAAAUCUUUCUACAUUUGGUAAUUUUCAGAGGCUUGAAUCGGCUGAAGUUGAUAUAAUUUUAGGUAGCUACACCAAAACAUAUAGCAGAUAUUUAGCAUUCGAUACGACUUCCUUCUACAUCCAAGACUCCUUAAGCUUUUGUGUACCAAAUAUCGUGGAGAAAACCAAUAAUUAUGAACACUUUUUUUAUUUUACUCAGUGCUUGGUCGUUAUAUUUUGGGUAACUGUCAUAAUUAGUAUAGUAUUUUGGAUAAGUUCUAUGCUGUUACCAAACAACAAACAUUUUAGAGACUAUUUGUUGGUAGCGUUGACCUUUGUAAGGAUUAUGACCAAUGUAGCACAUAAUCGGAAGAUAUAUCAUUUAAGUAGCAGACUGUGUAUGGCAAUCGCAUUGAUUUUCGCUUUUUAUAUGAACAAUGUGUACUCAUCACAAACGACUAGCAACCUAGUAAAGAGUAAAUACGAGCGAAAGUAUGGCAGUAUUGAUAAAAUUUUUGAACAAAAUCUUACUACGACUUAUGGACCCAACUGCAUUAACUAUUUCCAAGGGGAUGAUACACUUAAGUUUAGAAAUAGAUGGAAUGACUGUUAUCACUACUACAGCUGUUUACAUAAUGUGGCGUUUAACAGAAACACUUCGUACUCUACAGCUAUCUUAAUCAUGAAGUACAUAACCAAAAACUUUGUCAAUCAUAACAAUGAACCGUUAGUUUACUGUUUUGAUAUCUCUCUAAUGAAAUUCACUCCAACAAUGUACACUAAUAGGGGUGCAUUCUUUAUAAAAAAAUUCAAUAAUAUUAUUUCCAAAUUAAGAGAAAACGGAAUUGUUUUAAAGUGGAUAAAUGAUAUGCUUUCUAAGAACAAAGAUGACCAAGAAGUGUAUGCCAUAAAUUUGUACUCUGAUGAGGAUGAUAUGAUUAGAAUGAAACACUUGGUACCUUUAUUUAAAGCAAUAUUAUACGCUUACUCAUUUUCUACACUCGUAUUUUUAUGCGAAAUAGGUUUCGGAUAUUUAAGCAAUACUAAAAUGGCGGAUAGCUACGAAAAUAAACAAAAUAAACUGAACAAAUUGUGGGAUGAGGUGCUUUCGGCUAGUGACGAAGACUUUUUCCCUGAUAUGAGUGAAUAUGCGCCUUUAGACUCUGACAUGUCCAGUUCAGAAGAGGAUCCAGAGACACCUAGACAAAAAAUCAAGAUUGUCCAAUCUCUCUAG